UCUACAAAGUCAUAAAACAGUAUCGAUAAUAAUAAGUUAUUCUAUGACAAAAUGGAGUGCUUGAAGUAUUUUAUACUUACUGCAGUGCUGAGCCAGACACUAGCGCAACACUGCCUGAGCAGAGACUAUGGAUAUGGUAGUGUAGUAUGUGUUUGCAAUGCCGAACAUUGCGAUAGCAUAGAACCCAUAACUCGUAUCGAAAAAUCUUCUUACGUAGUCUACACGUCCAAUAAAGCAGGACUGAGGUUUGACAAGAAAACAAUUAAAUUUGAUGAUGGACAAACGCAGGACCAGAACAAAAUAACUGUUGGUGGAACAGUGUAUCAGGAGGUGCUUGGAUUUGGAGGCGCCUUCACUGACUCUGCUGGUAUCAAUAUUUUGUCUUUAAAUUCGACUGUUCAGGAGAAAUUACUAGACUCUUAUUUUUCGGAUCGUGGAAUAGAAUACAACUUGUGCCGAGUACCUGUAGGUGGCACUGACUUCUCCACUCGCAGAUAUUCCUAUCAUGAUGAUGCCGAAGAUGCUAGUUUGGGUAGUUUCAACCUGCAGGAUGAGGACUAUAAAUAUAAGAUCCCCAUCGUAAAACGAGCAGCAGCUCUCAACAAAGAUUUGGAGCUCUUCGCAUCUUCCUGGACGGCGCCAAAAUGGAUGAAAGUAGUCGACUUCCCAGCAGGACCUUUCGGAUAUUUGAAGGAGAUAUACUAUCAAACAUGGGCGGAAUACCACGUAAAGUUUUUAGAUGCAUAUGCCAAAGACAACAUUACUUUCUGGGGCAUGACUACCGGAAACGAGCCAUUUUCCGGGCUUUUGCCGAUACUUGUUCCUUCUGUAGGCUGGACAGCUGACAGACAGCGAUUAUGGAUUGCAGAACAUUUUGGUCCGGCAAUACGAAAUUCAUCUCACUCUAAGAUUAAACUGAUUGCUUUGGAUGACCAGCGAUGUUUUUUACCUGGAUAUGUCAAAACUUUGUUUGAGAACGAAGCAGUUGAAAAGUAUAUAGAUGGCAUCGCAAUCCAUUGGUAUGCAGAUAAAAUAUUCAAUUCAGACAGACUAAGACAAACUCACGAAGCGUUUCCUAAGAAGUUUCUGCUGGGAAGUGAAGCCAGCUUAGGUGCCCUACCAGUGAUAAUCCAACACGUCAAGCUUGGAUCAUGGGAUAGAGCUGAAUCGUAUGCUUUUGAUAUCAUUGAUGACGUGAACCAUUACGUUGGCGGGUGGGUAGAUUGGAACAUGGCACUGAAUCUCCAAGGUGGUCCAACAUACAUCGCUAACUAUCUGGAUGCCCCAAUCAUAGUGAAUGCUACAGCAGGAGAAUUCUACAAGCAGCCGUACUUCUACGUCAUUGGUCAUUUCUCCAAAUUCGUUCCAAGAGGCUCUUUGAGGAUAGAAACAACACACACAGAUAAAGAUCUGAUUGUUACAGCAUUCAGGAGGCCUGAUAAUGGAACUGCUAUUGUGAUUUUAAAUAGGACUGAUAAAAUCAAACACGUGACACUGACAACAGGAGACGGUCGAAACAUAAGUACACAGUUGACUAAACGUUCUCUAAGCACAUUUUUGUAUUGGUGAUAUUAGGAAUAAUGUAAAAUUCAGAUUGUACAUAGAUCGACUUAUAUAUUAUUAUUUUGUAAUCUAAAUAAAGUAUAAGCCACUUUCAUAGGAUA